GAAGUGGUACGUUGGCAUGCCAGAUAUCAAGGUUUUUUGUUUUAUUUACGUAUAAAUUGUGGCUUUUAACUUGACCAUGAGAGUAAUUUGUUCGUGAUUCUAACGACCCCUCAUAUAUGAGGCGUGUCGGUAAGCUUUUUUAAAAGUGUACUUACCGCAUUUGAGUCAUCUUUUAAAUGUCGAAGUAAACACAACAAUAAUUCGCGAUGUUAGGAUUUAACACGAAAGAAGAGGCUGAUGCCGACAAGGCUCUACUAGCGAAGAAAGUACUUAGUGCCGCAUUUUACGCAUUUGCUUCAUUUAUGAUAACUGUUGUGAAUAAAACCGUGCUGACCUCAUACGCGUUCCCGUCUUAUCAAGUUUUGGGACUAGGACAGAUGCUAGCGAUAAUAUUAGUUCUAUGGUUCAGUCGUGCUAUGAAAAUAGUUGAAUUUCCUGCAUUGGAUCGUGGAGUAACACAGAGGAUAUGGCCCUUACCUGUUAUAUAUUUAGGUAACAUGGCUACAGGGCUGGGAGGAACGAAGGAGCUUAGUCUCCCUAUGUUCACGGCAUUGAGGAGGUUCAGUAUACUAAUGACAAUGAUUUUGGAGAGAUUUGUACUCGGCAUCAAAGCUUCCUGGCCUGUUAAAGCCAGUGUAAUGGCAAUGGUUGGCGGAGCCCUUCUAGCUGCUGCAGAUGACGUCACCUUCUCUUGGUCAGGAUAUACGCUCGUUCUACUCAAUGAUGGCUUCACUGCAGCGAAUGGUGUGUACAUGAAAAAGAAGCUUGAUUCAAAGGAGCUUGGUAAAUAUGGAUUAAUGUUUUACAAUGCCCUUUUCAUGAUUGUGCCAGCCACAAUCGUAGCCUGGGGUAUGGGAGAUUUGCAGCGCUCAGCUGACUAUGAGCACUGGUCGGACACACUAUUUGUAAUACAGUUCCUUAUGUCUUGUGUUAUGGGCUUUGUUCUAUCAUACAGUGUAAUGUUAUGCACCCAGUAUAAUAGUGCAUUAACAACAACUAUCAUUGGUUGUUUAAAAAAUAUCCUGGUUACUUAUUUAGGUAUGAUUAUAGGUGGUGAUUAUGUUUACUCCUGGCUGAACUUUGUUGGUUUGAACAUAAGCGUUCUGGCUAGCUUAUGGUACACAUAUGUUACAUUCAAACGAAAACCUUCUUCAUAUAAACUUCUGAAUGAAGCUAAUAGCAAGAUAGACACGGUUUAGAUGUCCAAUUGAAGGUUCUAUAUUGAAAAGUAUUUCUGGUUGAUGCCAAAGAUGUUAGGGAAAAGUAUUUAGAGAACUUAUCAACCAUUUUGAAUAUUGUGGCCAUUGUACACUAUGCUUUUACAACUAUAUUUACUUAUAUUGAUAUGUAUCUUAAAUGAAUUAGUAUUAAUGUUAAUGUCAGUACGGAUUGCAUUAAGUGUGUAUACCACACAAAAAUUUAAGCUUAGAUUCAACUAUCAGCAAUAUUUAAUAACAUAUCACACUCAAAGUUUACAUGAUUAUACAUAUUUAAAACAAUUUCUUCAACAUCAUAGUUUUGUUACAUUGUAUACAAUUACUUAACAACUGAUGUAAGUUAUUAUGUAAUCUGACUCGAUUAUAAAUCAGUAAAGUUCCCUAACCAUAAGUUGUCUGAAGUGCCUAUAGUAUCCACUCUUAGAAAUUACCCAUAUAUAAAAAUGUUAUAUUUCUUAGUUGCAAUUGCAUAUUGCUGGAUUAACUACCACACAUUUUUCAUUAUUUAGAACUUAGUGGACAUCAUAAUCAGACUAAAAUAUAUAUGUUAUUAUUUUGACAAUUAUCUUACCAUGUGAGAGAUCAUUUGUCAUACCUAACAAGUUUUAUAGCAUUUUUGCCACUAAUUAAAUCACUAUCCCAUUGAGUCAUAGAGAUAUUUUGUUUUAUAUAGGAUUAAGUUCUUUAUACAUCUAAUAGAAUUAGAUUAUUGCCAUUAUUAAUUUAUAUAUUAAAUGUUUAUUUUAUAGGAUAUAGAAUUACUUUGUUAUAGAUAUUAAACAUUGUCCAUUUGUUUCACAAAAAUCUAUAUUUUUUUAAAAGUUCAAUAAGUGUAUUGUUGCGUAUCUAAUUUGUGAUAAAUAUUGUACAUUAUAAUUACAUUUAAAAUAAAUGAAGAAUGUGUAAAACCUAAUGUUAUCAGCAUCAUAACAGUUUUAUAACUACCUUGAUAGUAGUUGUAUUAGUUACUAAAUUGUUCCUAUGUAUUAUUGGUUUAUUAUCGAAAUUUUUAAUCAUUUAUAUUUAUGAAUUUUAACAAUCUCAAUUGCAUUUGUGCAAUGAUAAAGGAGUUUUAUGUUACUAUAAAGCAUUUCAGAGUACUUCUCAUGUUUAUAGUUAUCAUAAAAGUAUAUUUCAACAAUGAUAAUGAUGUUUUUGUUGCAAAGUUUUUGUUAAAAUUUUUGUAAUGUUUACAAUUUCACCGUCAUAUUUUCAGUAUUAUGAAAGACCUUAAAGCUAAAGACUUAUUAACAUUUGCCAUGCAUUACACUUUUUUCAUAUCAAUUAAUUUUAUCUCACACUUAUUUGCUUUUACCAUAAAACAUGUGUAUUUUUGCUCCAUUCGAACAAAUGAUAAGAUAGCCAUCAGGCUAUAGCCUUGUUUCCUGUUAAAUUUACGUUUAGUGUGUCUUGAAAUAAUAUUUAUUUCGUUGAUAAUUUUUAUAUCUAAAUAGUAAAAUUGAAGCAUAGCUUACGAUCAAGUAGACGUACAAUAGUGUGAUGUAUCUCACUCUAUUAUAUAUAGUUUAUUUAUUGAUUUGAAUUAGAAACAAUAUAUUUUGAAACUUGUAUUGAUAUUACUUGGCGUUUACAAGGAACAUGGCGGUUUCUGUCUAUACUAUAGGACAUUUUCAGCUAAGGUUGCCUUCUGUCGGAUUUUAUCGUCUUUAUUGCCAGUUCUUAAUUUCGUUAUUUGUGCUAUAAUAUUAAUGUUAUAGUGCAUAUACACAAUCGUGAAUAGCGAAGCGGAAUAACGCACGAAUACGCACUUGUAAACCGUGCACUCUUAUUCGUCUUGAUAUCCGCGAAUAUGCGUUGUGAUCAAAUAUUUCGUACGUUAUCUAAGGGCGCGAAUUGUGAACACGAACGAAAUACGAAUGUGUGAACGGUGGCCGACGACACUCGUAUACAAAAUAUGUACCGUCGAGUGCCAAGGCGAAUGUGUAAAUGCAUUAUAAUGAUCAAACAACACUACGUCACGCAUAUUGGAUGAUAAACUUGAUCGUGUGCGGCAAACAUAAGUGUUUUAAGCGGAAAUUGUAAUAAAGUAAUAUUACUUUACAUAUGUAUUUAUGUGAUUAUCUUAGUUGAUAUUGUUGUUUUAAGUAACAGUUCACAAAUGUUUUACUUUAUCUGUGUUUUAUUAAUCAAAUUCUAAAUUACGUAAUUGCAUGUUAGAAAAUAUUGAAAGUUACUAAAUAAAAAAUUAUGUGUUAAAUCAUAAAUUAAAACAAUUCCAAUGCUUAUUUUUUUAAAUGCAUUAAUUUCAUUGAAUAUGUGUGUUCCUUAAUAAAUGAUAAAUUUCAUAACAUAAAUUCGAUGUUUACUUUGUCGGUUUAAUUCGUGCCGGUAAAGAAAAUAGUCGGUGUGCAAACAGCGCUAAGUAGACAUUUCUGACCUCUAACAAUGAACAGAUGAGCCGUCAAAUAUAGUCGAACUAUUUUCAUGAAAUCAUGUGUCAAUUGUUUGUAUAAAUUACAUAAAACAAAAGAGCAUUAGCGUAAGCAAAUAUUCGAUAAAACACAUUAUUCCAAUGAUAUUCCGUUAUUGUAGGUUCAGAUUUCUUUGAGACCAUGUAGGUAGGGUAGGUAGGUAGUGAUUUUCUAAAUUGUCAAUAUGUAAAAUGUUAACCUAGUCGCAAAGUUUGGUAAUAGGUACUCGACUGUAUAAAUAUUUUUAAGUACAAGUGUAAAAACCCUGAUUCGAAAACCAGUGAAGUCUAAAUGUCUACAUAACUGGCGUAUAAUGUAAACCAUUUUAAAAUACGAUAAGAUUUUAUUAUUCUCAUUUUACGACUAACUAUCGUUUAUAAGUGUUAAAUGUUCCUUCAAACUUUGUAUUAAAUUAUUCACAUGUAUUCGGUGGUAGCUUAAAACUCAUGUUCAUAAUACGACAAUGUACUAAAAUAGGGGGAAAUCAUUUUUUAUAUAGACUUUUUAGCAAUAUUAGCUGUAAGUAAAUUAAGCUGUAAGCAGUUUGAAUAAUUUCACAGUUUUUUAUUUAGCUUCCGAAGUUGAUUUUUUUAUUAAUUCGUAGCGUUGACUCUCCAUAAAAUUUUAAGAUUUUUUUUUCGGUUUUGUACUCCUUUAUAAAUAAUCGUCAUUAUGUAUGUAAACUUAGUAUCUACUUAAAGAAGUUUUAUAAAUUGCACUAUUAAUGACUGAUUUGUAAACAUUUCAUUAUAUUUGGAUUUUCCGAAUUCUUUGUCUGACAGCCCUAUGUGAACAACCACCAAACCACCGAGUAACAUUCGAUCCUUCGUGAUCAUAAAUUGUUUGGAUUAUCAUAUGUGUAAUGGUUAAUGAGUUAUGAUGUUUAUCAGGUUGGUUGCAAUUCAAUAAUUUGCAUUUUGUCAUCGAACAAAAUCAAUAAUUUGCAUAAUGUAAAUAGAAGUACGGUCAUAAUAUAACUCUUAUUUAUAUGCAGAUUCGAUCUUAACACAAUUUGCGAAAUAUUUUAUUGUUAUUACUUUUAUAUGAAUUUUCCUGUACAAGUAUAUUUGUAUGUAUAUAAUAUAAAUAUACUUGUAGAGGAAAAUUUAUCUCACUGUUACAAUUUACACUUAAUUUACCUAUGUUUAGAUCAAUCGUGUAUGUGUGUUACAUUAACGAUGUAAGUAGUGUUAGAACUUUUGUAAAAAUUGUAUCGAAUAGGAAAUAAUUGAACAAUUUAAAGCACAAAAUUUUAAUUAUAAUUACUCUUGUAUUGAAUAUACCCCGGUCAAAAGCUAAAUGCUGACGUAGCAGGCAGCCAUACUUGGCUCUAAGCACUCAUGAAAGCUUCCAGUAAGGGCUAAAUACUUGUUUUUUUGCACUCUUGCCUUCUUUCAUUUUGUCACACAAUACACGAGCGCUUUCGGCCGGCGGUGUAUAAUCAACAUAAUUUUAUAUAGCCUUUAAUGCAAAUUCAAAUGGUUUCCCCAAUGAACCCUAAUAAUAAUGUAAAAAUUGUAACCAAAUAUAUGCUUUUUUACGCAGUAACAAGUAUUAAUUGACGCGUAUAACGCGCUCAUGUGUAAGGUCUCUUUCCGCGAACUGGUGUAAAACAUGGUGGGGACUGGGGUCUAAUGAGGGAUAUUUUAACAAUUUCGAAUGGUAACAUUUUAUCAAUGUCCUCUUACGAAUAUAUUGGUAAGAUGUUACAGUGCUGUGAAUAAUGCAUAAAUGACGUAAUCAUUUAGCUAGUAGAUUUAUAAGAUUUUAUAUGCAAUAAAAUUUAAAUGUCG